AUGGCAAUCAAUGUGCUAACGGUAUUCGCAGUGCUCGGAAUAGUUAAUUUCACUAUAGCUGGUUCGCCACUUGGUGCAAUGGUUUUGAAAAGUGACAAACAGGCUAAGUCAGAGUGUGAAGCUUAUCUCAAGAAAAAAGAUCGCUGCGAAGAUUUGUGUAAAGCAACAGUUCUUCGUUACUGGGAUAAAUGUUCCGGAAUCAUCGAAGUUCCAUUCGCUCAGCAUUUUCGACGGGAUAAUUGCGAUAGUGACUACUACUACAAUGGAACACUGCAGUGUGUUUCUCCAGCUCGCAAAAUGAUUGAUGAGUGCCACCAAGCUUCACAUGAAAGUAAAUGUUUGGAGCAAUCGUAUGGCAGUCCUGUGAGAAGUCCACAACUGGCACCACUGACCAAUUUGCAGGCUAGCAAUGUCCUUGAAUCCUGUGCCAAUAUGCUGGGCAUUGAUCCUGAUAUGGUAGAACUCUACAGGCUCUUCGAUUUUGAUGUAGAUAGCAACUCCCGCUGCUUGUUUCGCUGUUAUUUGAUUCGACAAGGACUGUACAGCGAUGUAGAUGGGCCGAAUUUGGACCGCAUGUAUGUGCAAUGCGGAGGAUACGACCAAUUUUUGAACGAUUUCAAAGCAAGCGCUCAGGAAUGUGUGGAUAAUCUUCGAUCGCAAUGCCUGGACAAAUGUACACUUGCAAUACGAAUCGCUAGUGACUGUUUCCCUAGAAACAGCGGACCACUCGCACAGGCUUUGUUUGGUGAUUUAGGCUUCGACUUAAAUCCAGUAGUUGUUGCAUUCAAGAAUAUGAUUUACAGUUUUGAGGAUGUUUUCACUAUAACUACGACGACAGAGGAUAAUAUUGUCUAA